AUGCAUUUCUCUAUCGCCACAGGCGUGGUUCUUCUGCUCCAAAUCCUCUUCGUCGGCUGCGACCAGCCCCAAACACCACUGCGCAGUGGCGCCGCGUCGCAAUAUAAACCGCACCGUAUCGCCAUCAUUGGUUCUGGACCUGGCGGAUCUUCUGCUUCGUAUCACCUCAAGAAGUUCGCGCAGUCGUCCUCCCUUGAAAUUCCCCUUGACAUAACCGUCUUCGACCCGAAUCCCUACAUCGGUGGCCGCACAACGACGGUCAAUGCUCUGGACGAUCCCCGCUACCCUACCGAACUCGGUGCCAGCAUCUUCGUGAAGAUAAACCACAUCCUCUACAAUGCCACGCGGGACUUUGAGCUCAGUCCGUCGUUGAAAAUCUUCGAAUCAGCGCCUGAUGCAAAGUACGAGCUAGGAAUAUGGGAUGGCACCCAAUUCGUCUUCAAAACGGCCGCGGAAGACGACGACACCAGCUCCUGGCGCGGCUGGUGGGACAUUGCGAAACUACUCUGGAAGUACGGUCUGAGUCCGAUCCGCACGCAGCGGGCGACCAGAGCAGCUAUCGGCUCGUUCCUCAAGUUUUACGACGAAUUUUUCCCAUUCACCUCCCUGCAGGAUGCGGUGGACAGCACGGGAUUGGAUGCAUACACGGGCCUGACUGGGAGGGAGGUCCUGAAGAACGCUGGCGUGAGCGGGACGUUCGGCCGCGAGAUCAUCCAGGCGAGUACGCGGGUGAACUAUGCGAGCAACCUCGCUGGCAUCCAUGGGCUCGAAACGCUCGUGUGCAUGGCUAUUGAAGGCGCGAUGGCCGUCGAUGGUGGGAAUUGGCGGAUCUUCGAGCGCAUGGUUAAGGAGUCGGCGGCGCGGGUGUUUUUGAACACGAGCGUGACGGACGUGAGCAGGUCGGAUACCGCUGAUACCGCUGCCUCUGCCGCAAGAUAUCAUCUACGCACGACGGAUCAAGACCUCAAUGAAUACCUGACUGGGGACAGGGACGAUGGCAUCCGCAUGCGGGGAGACGGAGACGGUGAUCUUGACCUAGUAGGCGAAUAUGGCCACGGAUAUGACACGGUCAUCGUCGCGGCGCCGUUGCAGUUCGCCCAUGUAUCCUUCAGCCCUGCGCUGGUCAAUCCGCCCGAGAAGAUACCCUACGUGUCGCUGUACGUCACGCUGUUGACCUCGCCGCACCGUUUGGCGCCCAGUUUCUUCGGGCUGGACAGCCAAGACGACGUGCCUUCUUCCGUGAUCACGACAUUACCAAAAGAUCUGGACGAUCAGCUCGGUUCGCGUCAUGGCGUCGACGGCGUCGGACCGGCCGGGUUCUGGUCUACUAUUGACUAUCGAACACUAUGGUGUGACUAUCUUACCUCCAUGAUGCCUCCCAAGGACAAACCGUUACUUUACCUUGGAGUACCUGGCUUACAGAACCUUACGAAGAUCGAAAGAUUGAAAUAA